CGCGGACGAGGAGGAAGGGGAGCAAGUGCGGCACGCGGACGCGGACGAGGUCGCAGGGCAGAGCCCACGGCCAGACCGGCCUUCGCCAGCGACGCGUGGAAAGGGUUGGACCAGGAGGAUGUGGUGCCCUGCCAGCCGACCUUUAACCCCACCCGCACCCCGGGCCCCCAGCUCUCAGCCGGGCGGGUUUACGCGGCGGUGGAGCUGUUCCAGCUGUUCAUCACUGACGCCAUGCUGCAGACCGUCGUCAAGAACACCAACCGGUAUGGCCGCCGGCAGCAGGAGAGUGGAGCGAAGCAGGCCGAGUGGCAGGACAUUACGCUGCGGGACAUGUACUCAUACUUGAGCAUGCUGGUCUACAUGGGGCUGGUCAAGGGCAAGAACUUAACCGACUACUGGCGCAGGUCUGAGCUCUACCGGAUAGCCUUCCCGCUGACGGUCAUGUCGGGCCGCAAGUUUCAAGCCAUAUCGACCGCUAUCCACAUGAGCGACCCGGCGGCCGACGCGGCCAACAACAUCCGCAGGGGCACGCCCGGGUAUGACCGCCUGGGCCGAAUCAAGCCCAUGUACGACGAGCUGCGCGCGGCGUGCAGAGCCAGCUACCACCCGCGGCAGAACAUCUCGGUGGACGAGCGAAUGGUCGCCUCCAGGGCCAAGUCCUGCCUGGUCCAGCACAUGCAGAACAAGCCGACAAGAUGGGGCUACAAGCUCUUCGUACUGGCCGACUCGUCCAACGGCUACACCUGGGACUUCUUUGUGUACGAGGGCCGCGGCCCGGGCCGAACAGAGAAGGGGCUGAGCUACGACGCGGUCAUGUCUCUCCUUCCCAUUACACCCCCCUUCCUGGGUUCCGGCUACAAGCUGUUCUUGGACAACUUCUUCACGAGCCCGGACCUGUUCCGCGACCUGCUGCAGAACCGGCCGGCUCGGCGCGCUGUGCAAGAAGGCGGGGAUGCUGGACAAGGCGUCUCCGAAGGGCACCAUCCGCUGGCUCAGAGAGGGCCCCCUGGUGCUGGUGCAGUGGAGGGACAGCCGCGACGUGAUCCUGUGCUCCACCUUCCACACGGCGCAUAGCGACGCCAAGGUCACCAGGAAGGUGCGCAGCUCCAAGGGCAAGAUCUCGACCAUCUACGUGCCCAUACCACCAGCCG